GUAUUAUAUUAACAUUCAGUUAACUUUUAUUGUAGACUAUCCUAUGGAUAUGAAAUCACAAAGUGUACUUCCAUCCUAAGGCGCUUUCAAGUGUGUCGUUAGACCUACUGGAAGUAGAAAGUUUCGAGACGGGCGCACGCAUUACUCAGAGGGGCGAAGCUUGGUGACGCACAAGGGGCCAAUGUUGUGAAACUGUACCCCCAACCCUGUUCUGUAAAUUCUGAAAAGGAAGAACUAAAAAGAACAAUACUAGCGCGAAUAACUUGCCAGUGUCUUAUCGGUCGAAUAUCAGCUUUGUGUUUUGCGCGACAGGUAGCCAAUCAUCUUGCGUGAGAACGAAAUACAUGGGAUUAUGUUUAUUCAAGGUAACCGUCUAAUCUCUGAUUGCUUUAUUGAACUCGAUAGAGUAGCCUAGGCUGAUCUGUGAAACAUCAGGAAUACUGAUAUGUCAGCGCAAGGCUUGCUGAGCAGUGUUUUCCCAUGCUCCUCGCAAUCAUCCAAGACAAUGACAAAACGGAGUCUAAGACCGACCAGAAGUUUGGACCCAGCCUUGAUAAGGAACUAUGGGAUCGAAACGGAUGGGACUUCGGGUCAAGCGGAUCACCAAACCCCCCCUUAUUUAAAUUCAAAUCGUGGUGGGUACCUUCGAGCCUCUAACGAAUGCCUCUCUAAAUUGGACGCGCGCCUUACGGCGGGAACGAAACCGGGUCCGGCAGCAUCCUCAAGUCUAUCAAUAUAUUUGGAUAGUUCUGGACAUGUUGAAUACGAUUCAAAGGCCACUAAAAGAAGUACUGCCUGGGAUUUACCGUUUCUUGCCAAAAGCUCAGUCACUCCGACCGGAAGCUCAAGCACAUUAUUCUCACCUAGAAAGUGGCUUCAGAAGAAGCCAUCUCCGUCAUUCAUCCAGCAGUCGUACUCUGUGUGGAAGUACGAGGGUGACUUCACAUGGAACAGCAUGUCAGAGAGGAGCGUACGCCUGAUCCCGGUUCCCCUGCAGAGCCUCUCGGAGCUGGAGAGGGUCCGGCUGCAGGAGGUGGCCCUCACCAGGCUCCUCCAGGACUACGACCUGGGCUGUCAGAUCACCAUCCCCAAAGAUGGGCAGAAGCGUAAAAAGUCCCUCAGGAGGAAGUUGGAUUCACUGGCCAAAGAGAAGAGCAAAGACAAAGAGUUUCAGCCUCAGGCCUUCGGCAUACCACUGUCCCAGGUGAUCUCCAACGACCGUGCCCACAAACAGCGGCAGGAGGCCCACUUCCAGGCCCAGCGCGAGGAGCAGCGUGACCCCAGUGACUUGGUCUCCUCCCUCCUGCACCUCGCCCCGCGGAGGAGCACCAAGGACAAGGAGCUGUCAAGCAGCAACUCGUCCCUCAGCUCCGCCUCGGAGACGCCGAACGAGUCGCCGUCGCCCAACACCCCCGAGCCAGCACCGCGCUCACGCAGGAGGGGAGGACUGUCUGUGGACUGCAUCACAGACCUGGAUGACAACCAGUCCCAUCUCCUGGAGGCCCUGCAGCUCUCCCUGCCGGCCGAGACGCCGGGCAACAAGCAGAAGCAGAGUGACAAAAAGCACAGCCUGAACCCCAUCUAUCGCCAGGUCCCCCGGGUGGUGGAGAGCUGCUGUGUACACCUGGAGAAAUACGGGCUGCAGACCGUGGGCGUCUUCCGUGUGGGGAGUUCCAAGAAAAGGGUGCGCCAGCUGCGAGAGGAGUAUGACCAGGGCUGGGAGAUCCAGCUGGACGAGGAGCACAGCGUUCACGACGUCGCCGCGCUGCUCAAGGAGUUCCUGAGAGACAUGCCAGACCCCCUGCUGACCAGAGAGCUCUACACAGCCUUCAUCAACACCAUGCAGUUGGACCGUUCUGACCAGGAGAGCUCCAUGCAGCUGCUGAUGUACCUGCUCCCACCAUGCAAUAGUGACACCCUGCAACGCCUCCUGGAGUUCCUGGCCAUGGUGGCCGCCCACGCAGACGACAGACAGAACCAGGAUGGACAGGAGGUUACAGGGAACAAAAUGACGCCUCUCAAUCUGGCCACGGUCUUCGGGCCCAACCUCCUGCAUAAGCAGAAGAGCUCAGACAAGGAGUUUGCUGUCCAGAGUUUUGCACGCGCUGAGGAGAGUACAGCCAUCAUAGAAGUGGUACAGAGGAUGAUCACCACCCAGGAGACCCUCUUUAUGGUGCCUCCUGACCUGCAGAAUGAAGUUCUGAUUAGUCUUCUGGAGACAGACCCUGAUGUGGUGGACUACUUGCUGCGCAGGAAGGCUUCUCAGUCCUAUGGUCCAGGAGUGUCGCGGAACAGGGGUCCCAUCUCUCUGACCGAGAGGCGUUGCUCCAGCGACUCCUACAAGGCCUCCAGCGGUGAGGUGUCCCCCUACGACAACAACUCCCCAGUGCUUUCUGAGCGUCUGCUCUCCCAGGCCCAGAACGACAGCAGUCCCCUCUCUGAUAGGUUCUUUCACCUACAAGUGGGCCAGGUCAAAGGUUGUCCCAGCAGCACCUGCCAAUCCGCAGACCAAGAUACACCUGAUGACAACUUCUGGGGGACCUGGGAUAUUACUCUGAACAAAGGGUUUCUGGAUCGCCGUAUCCUCGAAUCCAGCUAUUGCGGCUCAUCGGAGGGACUCGGCUGUCACCAAGGUAACAACAGCAAACCGCCUGUCAGACGAAGUUACACCUCAUUGGGUGUGCCUGAAUGCAGGCCACACCCCCCAGUGACUCGCAGCAGCAGUAGCCCUCUGGCGGAGAUAGGGCAGAAACAGCAAAGUCAACAACCAUUGUUACAACACCAACCACAGAGCCAAUCAGAGACCUGCAGCUCAGAGGACCUAGCAUCAAGGGGCGGAGUCUCCCAGAACGCCAGUCCCUCGGUUCAAGACAAGCCGGGCAGCAGGGUGGAUGGAUGGCCUCCCCUUCUCCACCCUGGCCCCUUCAGAGGGACCCCCCGAGAAUAUUCCCAGUCCACGCCUACCCUCACCAUGUCUACUCCUCAGACCAGGGGGCUGACACCCCAGAGCCCCCGACAGCCGCCCCAGGGCCACAGUAGCCCCAGGCCCCAGACUGAGGCACGUACGAACCCAUCCCCUGGUCCUCCGGAAGGGAAGGUGUCAGGGGGUCCCGAAUGGCAGAGCGAGAGGUGGCAGAUUUGGCGGCUCCUGUCAGCCGACAACGCGGACACGCUGCCAGAGACUCUGGUGUGAAGAGACACCGUUCCCUCGAGCGGAUGACGGGGAAGGCGGAGGGAGGAGUGUGCUAAGUUGUGUUGUGAACUGCCACUGUGAGGACCGCUGUGUUUGUCUGCUAAUGGGGGCGGUUUUACUGUCUUGAUGUGGGUCUUCACAUUUCAGAAGGUCCGACAUUUUACCACUGAGACAUGCAGUACCUCAGCAGGAAGACAACACAGAGCCAAGGUUAUCUGAGCGUUUCUUUGGUCACACUAACGUCCUUCUUUUUAUGCUGUCUUGGUAUAUACUGUAUAUGUAUACAGGAUAUACGUAUAUAGAGGUGUAUAUAUGUAUAUAUUGAAAAAUAUAUGCUUUUUAAUUCAAUUAAUGGUGGUGCAAGGAUGAAUCUGAAUGCAUUUUAAGUCUUGGUACUACAAAGUUUUCUGUUUUUUGUUAUAAGAUUUUCUUAUAUCAACCACAAAUUUCAGAGUGAAAAAAUAUAUCAAAUGAUUUUUGUUGUUGCAAUCUGUCUCUUAACAAAAAAAUAUUUGUACUAUUGACAUUGCACUUAACAUUGCUGUUUUGGUCACCAGUUUUAAAACACAUUCUCAUGUUACCCGACCUUUUGAUUCUAAUGGUCAUCCAUUCAAUCCGCGUACCUUUAUUCAUGAUGAGCAAAUUUAACUGGAAGAUACAGAACAUUAUGAAUGUAAUUCCACAACAUGCAAUAUUGGAAAAAGACUCGUCACCAAGUAUGUAUUAGAACGGCACUGUUAUGAAAUAUACCUAAUGGUUUCGUCGUACUCUGCUCCCCUCCUAUUUAUCUGUGUCUCACAUAGGAAAUGUAGGUACUUUUUGUUUGGUUGUGUUGCUGUCGUUGGGUUAUUUGCUUAGCUAAUGUGUUCUGUCUUGAGCCAACACUGUUACUGUUCAAUAACCACUGUCUUGGAUGCGAGGUGGAUAGCAACACAAUCCCAAUUACCACAUUGACAUAACAUUGAAUUACAAAUGCUAGUGUUUUUGGUUCAUUGUGCAACAUCAGUAUUGAUAUAGUUUUCAUGUAACCACGCUGCUUUCACUCUGUAUAUUGCCAGCUCCAUUUCUUCUUUGUGCUUCUUGUAUUACUGCACGGUGGUUUGGAUCUUUUUAUGAUUGCCAUGAUGGAAUAAAUGUGACAUUGGUAAUUUUA